AUGUUUAUCAGCGUUGUUGUCUUUGCUGACGUUCACGCCAGGGUGGUGGUUCAGCGAAUUGAAGACGCCCAGGGUCGUGAAGUCACCUCGGGAUGCGCCGUCAUGGCUGAAGGAACGGAAUUUGUCAUUGCUACGAGAUCGAGGCAAAUUGCUGAAGACGUAACACCCAUGUGGGCCAUCCUGCGCUCUCACCCGUACUUUACUUGUGAGACAACAGCGCUGCUUACAGACGCCGGGGUGUCGCUUCUGCUGAAUCCCGCAACUGCAAAACGCUACCAUUGGCAUGAGGGUCUUGUAGUCGGUUUUUGGGACCUUGCACGCAUGUCACAGCUUCUUGAAUCUAGGCAGGUGACACCAUCUUUUCUUCGCACAAACGCCUGGAAAGCCCCUAUUCGAUACGUUAACGAGAUACCUGACGGGGUGUGCUACUGUACGGUUUUGGGGCAGACAUCCAACGUGAUUGUUUUUCCCAAUCCAGAGGAAAAUGUGCGACAUGUGACGGACAAGGAUGUCGCAGAAGAAUGUCUUCUCUUUUCUUCUUGUAAAGAGAUCGACUUUGACAAGGUAGCAGCUGUUCACGGGGGCAUUGCUCAAGAGCUCCUGCGUCACUUAUCGAGCUGGUUUGCUCGGACAAAGGAAUUGAGUGGUUCCUCUGGUGUAAUGCAGGGAGGCAAUUGUAAUGUGCUGCUUUGUGGUGGAAAGGGUUACGGCAAAACAACGCUCGCUGCAGCUGUACUGAACAAACUUCAGGGUGUCCAUGUCUGUGUUGUUCAAUGCACUUGCAGUGGAAAUCGACUCCUACACUCCUUACAAAAGGCCUUGGUGGAGUGUAUCUUGUGUGCACCUUCAGUUCUUAUUUUAGACAAUUUUGACGGUAUUGCUCCGGUACAACGUGAUGGAGCAGUCACAGCGGUUAGUGGUACGACAAGGUCUAUCUUGGAAGAGAUGCUGCGUUGCUUUACUGACACACUUACUUUUAUCGGUCGAAGCUCUGUUGUUGUGCUCGCAACUUGUGGAGAUCGUGAAGCUGUUCACGAACGUCUUAGAUCGGCGAACUGUUUUGCCAAAGUUAUGAAACUUGAAGCCUUGGACCGAAAGGCGCACCUGUCAUUGCUCAAACAGAUGUUCCCAAAAGAAACCACAGAUACCUUGGAGAAACUGGCUUCUUUGAUGGAAAAUUACACCCCAUUUGAUAUUAAACGGGUUUCAGUGCGCAUUAAAAAUGGUUUUAUGAAUGGGAAUCUUCCUUCUUUGGAGAAGGUAAAGGAAGUCAUUGCCUGCUUUACUCCGUUGUCUCACACCGGCAUUAGUUUUCUCAAGGGUGAAAAACGGUCUUUGGAUUCCAUUGGAGGCCUUUCUGAUGCAAAGAAAAUAUUGUACGACACUUUAGUGUUGCCUAUAAAGCAUCCCGAGUUGUUUGCGCGCCUUCCAUUGAAAACACGAAGUGGAAUUCUUCUUUACGGUCCUUCUGGUUGUGGAAAAACGUUUUUGGUUGAGGCUCUUGUAAAUGCGACGGACCUGAAUUGCAUUGUGGUCAAUGGUCCUGAAGUGUUUGGGAAAUACAUCGGUCAGAGUGAGCAGAAGAUCCGUGAUGUUUUUGAGCGUGCGCAAGCAGCUGCACCUUGUGUGAUUUUUUUUGACGAGUUUGACUCGGUUGCUCCACAACGUGGUGUGGAUAACUCCGGCGUCACUGAUCGCGUUGUGAAUCAGUUGUUGUGUUACUUGGAUGGGGUGGAAGGGCGAAAAGAUGUUUAUGUUGUGGCGGCAUCUAGUCGUCCUGACUUGAUAGAUGCCGCAUUGCUGCGACCAGGCAGACUGGAUAAGGCCGUGGAGUGUCCCAUUCCAUCCUAUGAAGAACGUUUGGAGAUAUUAUUGCGGUGCUUCAAAGAGGCCUCAGCCAAUCUUUCACAGAGGGAAAUUGAGGGACUAGCGCGGCAAACUGACAAUUGGACGCCAGCAGACCUAUCUGGAUUGGUCUCCUCUGCGCAUCUUUUUGUGACUCGGCGUGUGAUUGAACAGCUUUCUUUGAACAGCAUGGAGACGAAUUCCGAGCAAUGUUUUGCUGUGACAAAUGUGGGUAAAGGCACAACCAGGGAGAAGGUUGAGGACGCCCUGAAACCAAUCUUUGCUAUCGGAAAGAGGGAAAACGCUUUGGAACUUGUCACACAAAUGGGCAUGGAGGAUGUGCAGCAGGCGCUGGCGAUAACUCGUCCUUCUUUAACCUACAAAGACAUUUCCGAUUACGAGAGAAUUCGAUGCCUCUUUACUGGCCAAGGCGUGAGAGACAUUACAGCCAACGUGGGGAAAAAACUCGCCUUUAAGUAA